GUUCCCCGAAAGUUACUUUUUAUGUUAAUUUUAUAAAAAAUACCAUUAUGGCAUUCGAAAAGCCGGUGGUAGUUAUUGAUAAUGGAAGCUAUAUGCUUAAAGCUGGGUUCGCAUGUGACAAUCACCCUGUUUCAAUGUUCCGAACUGUUGUGGGAAGGCCGAACUAUCUUAAAGGGAGUUACGGAAGAGAAUACUACGAUGUGUACAUAGGCGAUGAAGCAGUAGCAAAGAUAGAAGACCUAGAACUGAGCCGACCAGUCGUGAACGGCAGGAUAGUCCACUGGGACAACAUGGAGAGGGUCUGGCACCAUGUCUUCUACAGGGAGCUGAAGGCUGCACCCGAGGACCGAGCUGUGAUCCUGGCCUGCUCGGUUACUACGCCUAUUGAAGAGAAAAUAAAGUGCUGCGAGGUAUUCUUCGAGACGUUGAAUUCCCCCGGAUUAUGCGUUCAAUCGCAGAGCGUUCUAUCUCUGUACGGGUCUGGUUUCACGACGGGCAUAUCGGUGGAUCUGGGACAUGACACCGCGGAUAUAGUCCCCGUAUACGAGGGAGGGCUCAUAAGCUACGCACACAUGCAAACACACUAUGCCAGCGUUGAUAUAUCAAAGUUCAUAAAGGACAGUUUCGACGAAAGGAAUAUCGGCCUUGACAUUCACGCGGAAGAAGUUCUAGACGGUAUCAAAAAGAACUUGUAUCUUACACAGAACGUAGCGAUGUCGAGGAAGAAUUACCGUAGAACGUAUGUUCUGCCAAGUGGGGAAGAAAUUGAUAUAAGUCAGGAAGCUUUUAUGGCAGCUGAGAUGAUGAUACAACCUGUGCUGGUGAAAGGGUACGAGACUGAAGUGAUGCCUUUGCAAGAAGCUGUGGUAACAUGUGCGAUGAAGUGCGACGCGGAGUUGAGGCCUGAACUGUAUGACGCAGUGGUCCCUUGCGGCGGGGUGUCAAUGAUACCAGGCCUGAAUGAAAGAUUGGCUACAGAGAUUGAGAACAUCACUAACAAGCCGGUUACAGUAUUGUCAUCGCCGGAGGCUUAUGCCGUCUCCUGGUUAGGAGGAGCGACAUUUGCAGGAAUGCCUGCUUCCAAGAAGAUGUGGGUGUCGAAAAAGCAAUAUGAGGAUUACGGGGAGAAGAUUGUGAGGAACAAAUUUAUGUGAUAUUGGAUAGAGAAAAAGGAUACCUACGAGUAGGUACUCGUGGCCGACAAGAGUAUACAACGUCGAUAUUGCUUCACUCCACAGUGUCUACAAAGGAAUACCGUUCAAGCUAUGAACUAGAUUACUAAUACUUGGCCGAGGGAACUAAAAAUAACCGUUAUUUAUGUGUAGUGCAAAGUUUGUUACAAACAAAGUAUUUAUGUACAAAUUGCUGUACACUAAGGCCCAGAACAGACAGUGAAACGCAACUGCAACGAAACUGCAACUUUCUGAUGAUUCUGAUGAGUGAAACUGAAACUGAAUGUUUCAAACUGGUCGCGUCAUAUGUGGUCUCUCAACGGACGCUAUGGCAGAAACUUAGAUGCAACUCAAAAGUAACUAGCAGUUGCAGUUUCGUUGCAGUUGCGUUUCACCGUCUGUUCUGGGCCUUAC